AUGGACACCGUAGUCCUUCACUUUCCUCCAUCGGUUGCUUCACAUCCACCAUCCACCAUGGACGCCCAACGCAUACGCCGGAGAAAGUUCUACUUCUUUUGUAUUUUCAUCAUAAUCUACUCAAUCUUUGUUGUUUCCCCCAUGGCAACCCUACUCACUUUCAGCAGCCUCACCCCCUCACCUAAUUUCACCCUCCACGACUUCAAACUCUCCACCUUCAACCUCUCCACCACCCCCACCCCCACCCCCAUCCUCACCACCAACCUCCUACUCACCAUCUCCGCCACCAACAAAGACGAGUUUAACGAAUACGACAAAGCUUUCCACUUCGAAAAACUUGGCGUUUACGCCUCCUACAUGGACCAACAAAUCACACCGCCAACAAUGCUUCCAACAAUGUACCUACGCUCACCAGGCGUCAUGGUUUGGUCUUUGUCCCUCAACGGGACUGAAGUCCCCGUGACGCCUGGUCUUGCAGCAUAUUUGGUACAAGAUGUGACCGUAGGGAACGUGUUAAUUAGUGUUGAAGUUAGAGGACGGUUGAGAUCGAAAUAUGGGUAUCUUUCACGUCGAUACCGGUUGAAAGUAAAUUGUCGGGAGUAUAUUAUGUUUAGGAAUGAGAGUGACGUCAUCGGUUUUGCCUUAAAGCGUCCGUUUGUUGAAGGGUGUCAUGUUAGAGUGAAGCCGUUGAAAACGGUCAUGCAAAUUUUAACUUCCCCUUUUCAUUAA